GCAUACUUUCAAACACUACGAAGAACGCCAUCUUUUUUUCCACACAAACAUUUUUUUUCGUCCUGCUGUUUGGGUGUGUUCGCUGCGCAUUAAAAUUGUUAAAUAGCCAAUAAAAGUCCAAAGAAAGCCCACAAACCAGAAGAAAUAUUCCCAAAGGGUUUCCAGUAAAAAAGAGUACAGGUCAGGAGAUCGGCCACAACUACAUAAAUAAUACAUAUAAUGCCACGCUAUCGGGAAUGGGACUUAGCCUGCAAGGUGUACGUGGGCAACCUGGGAUCCUCAGCCUCCAAAUACGAGAUCGAGAACGCCUUCAGCAAAUAUGGACCAUUGCGCAACGUUUGGGUGGCCCGCAAUCCACCAGGUUUCGCCUUCGUUGAAUUCGAAGAUCGACGAGAUGCUGAGGAUGCGACUCGUGGCUUGGAUGGCACACGUUGUUGCGGCACCCGCAUCCGAGUGGAGAUGUCCUCUGGACGAUCACGCGAAGGUCGUGGAGGUGGCGGAGGGGGCGGGGGAGGCGGAUCCGGAGGAGGUGGCCGUGGCGGAGGCAGUGGAGCCCGUGCUGGAGGCGGUACAAGAGCUGGCGAUGGCGGUGGUCGCUAUAGGACAAAGUCUUCUUCUUCUACUACAACAAGCACAACAAGAACUACUACAACAACAACAUCAAUAAUAAUAAUAAUAAUUAAAAGAACAACAACAACAGCUACUACUACUAGAACUUCUACUACUCCUCUUCCUUCAACAAGAACAACAACAACCAAAAGAACAACAACAGCUACUACUACAAGAACAACUAGUCCAACAGCAGAUCCUGCUCCUCCUAUUACACACAUUUCACCAACAACAACAGCCACCACACCACCACCAUGCAAUAAUUUGUUGUGCGGCCCUAGUCAGAAAUUCAACAAAUUCGAUAUAUUCCGCUGACCACAGAAAAAGAAAAAGAAAAAAAAACCGAACGACUGCAACACUAUACCCCCUCCAACCACCUCUUCAGCUCGUCCCAGGCCAGUUUCAUCAGCAACGUCUCCGGCUCCGCAGCUACAAGAAUAAUGCACCCAAAAACCAGUCAAAAGACACCUAACUAUUCAUAGCACUAUGGGGCAAACAACCAGAUUUCGAUAUUGUUUUUAAUAACUUCAAUUUUUGUUUGAGUAGAAUGAAAUGAUGUACUUGUAAUCCGGAAAUUUAGUUUUGUUUAUACAAUUUUCAAGUUUAUUGGCUUAAUUUCAUUUACAAACUGAAAUAUCCUUUAAAAAUUGUACUACAUUUCUAAUUUAGUGAUUUUCUGAUUUAAUAACUUGGUCUUAUGCCCCAUAGUGCAAUCAUUUACAAGUCUGUUAGUUGACACCAUCUUCAGGCUGUACAACAAGCAAUACACACUCAAACACACUCUGCCAUUGAUCACACUAAUCACCAAGAACCACAGCGAACCGGGCAUCAGCGGCAACAGAGCAACUUCAUCAAGAAUCUAACUCCAAUGUGCUUCUAUGCAUAUAUAUUAUUUAUACACACUCACCAGACCAGCAACGCUUCAAAAAAAAAAAAAAGUCAACUUCCUACGCCUCCAAGUUGUGCGGUUGUCUUCAGCCUGCUUCCUUCGUCCCCAACAAACCACCCACCACCACCACAUCAUCCGUCAUCUUUAGUGCAGCUACAGCAUCAGCAACAAGCUACAGCUACAAUGACCAACUGCAACAACAGCUUCUACUUCUGCUGCUACUACUGCUACUACUACUACUACAACAACAUCUGGCAGCCAGUCAGCAAAAUGAUCUCGAGGCUGAGAAGCCUUUAGUAGAUCUUUUGUUGGUCCCACCACUCAGUCAGUAGUUGCACCUUUCCCUUGCAAUCAAACAAGAUUGAGGCUGCUUCACGCUAUUUCCUUCAAUCGCAGCAAGUAUGAAACCUUUGGCCGCCACCACUACACUCCCCAACGAACUGAAACGAUAAUGAAAACGUAACGUCUUUUAACAAAAAUUCGUUUCUUAUAUUUCUAAUUAUGGUUUCUGCUAAUGUGUUUUUUUUUAUAUAUAUCUUUCCGUGUAUCCUAACAUCUACUGAGAUAAUGUUGUUCGCGCUGCUCUCUGUGUGAAUAUAUAUAUUUAUAUUGUUUAAAUGUGUUUAUGCAUUGAUCCGAUCAACUUGAAUUCAACUCAAAGUCAGACUGUUCACCAACCAACCAACCAACCGACCCCACAACCACCAAUCGACCAAGCACCAGCGCAGCAUCAGCAGGGCAGGGCAUGGUCUUCUUCAAGCUCGCCUCUCCACAUCGCGGAUGGUAGGAGCAGCACCGCCACCACUACUACUACUACCACCACCACCACCACCACCAAAAACCACAACCACCACCUGAUCCUCUCUUGCUGCUAACUGAUGCUUCCCCACCAACUGCUUCUUCAUACGACCUACGUUCUUCGGCUGCUGCAACAGAAUAGAAAAU